AUCUUUGAUGACAUAAUUUUCGUUUUCUUCGCAAUCGAAAUGCUCAUCAAAACGAUGGCGAUGGGCUUGUAUGGAAAAAACACAUACAUGGCCGAUUCGUGGAAUCGACUUGACUUCUUUAUAGUUGUUGCUGGCUUAUUGGAAUAUGCUACGAAUGUGGAUAAUUUAAAUUUGACUGCGAUACGAACGAUAAGAGUGUUGCGACCAUUGCGAGCGAUCAAUCGCAUACCAAGUAUGCGCAUUUUGGUCAUGUUGCUGCUGGACACGCUGCCUAUGCUCGGCAAUGUGCUGCUGCUCUGCUUCUUUGUCUUCUUCAUAUUCGGCAUUAUUGGCGUACAACUGUGGCAGGGCAUACUGCGUCAGCGCUGUUGGAUUGGGGCCGAUUUGCCUGUGGAUGAUUUUCCUGUCUCCAACUACUACGAAUUCUCCAAGGAGCAGGACUACAUUUGCUCGAAGCCUGGUGACUCUGGCAUGCAUUUGUGCGCGGAUUUGCCGCCUUACCGCGUUGGCGAUAUGAUUUGUACGGAACCGGCAUCCGUAUAUAGCGAUAAUCUACCGACAAAUGCCUCCUGCGUCAAUUGGAAUCAAUAUUAUACGGAUUGUAGGGAGAGCGCUCAUAAUCCAUUUCAAGGGACAAUAUCGUUCGAUAAUAUUGGAAUGGCAUGGGUGGCGAUAUUUUUGGUUAUAUCACUCGAAGGCUGGACCGAUAUUAUGUACUACGUACAGGAUGCACACAGCUUUUGGGAUUGGAUAUAUUUCGUGCUAUUGAUUGUGAUCGGCUCCUUCUUCAUGAUCAAUCUCUGUCUCGUCGUCAUUGCCACACAAUUUUCGGAAACGAAAAAACGCGAAAUGGAACGUAUGCGACAGGAACGUGCACGCUAUACAUCCACCUCAACGCUGGCAUCUAGCACGAAUAAUUCAGAGCCGGCUACGUGCUAUGCGGAAAUAGUCAAAUACAUCGCACAUCUGUGGCGGCGUUUCAAGCGACGCAUGUUAAAGAAGUACAGAUUAUAUAAAUAUCAGAAACAACAACGCAAUGAGGGUCUCCUCCCCAAUGCCGACAAUUUGACCUUUUCGCCGUCGCGCAUCAAAUGCCAUCACGCGAAGUGCCCUAAAUAUGGCAAUCGGAAGCCGUCGAGCAUACAGGAUCAAAUGAUCACCGUUAUGGUGCCGUUAAACUCGAAUAAUAACAAUGUGAGCAACAGCAGCAACAACAAUAAUAAUGGUGGUGGCGGCGGCGGUGUUGGCAACGCGGCGCGUAAUCAUCAAGCGGCAGCGACUUCAACAACACCAGCCACAAUUUUAACACCAACCCCACAAGCGACAACAGCAACAACAGCUACGGCAGCACUCACUUUAUCACUUAGCGCCACAUCGACACCGGCCACUACACCGCUCGUGAAUGGCGGUAAUAGCAGCACUGGCCUGCGUAAUAACAUCAAUAACAACAAUGUGAGUGUUGUCGGUCAGCAGCAGCAGCAGCAGCAGCAACAGCAACAUUCCUCUUCCGAGAAUUCUGUGCAAUCGCUGGAGCAAGCGACGCGCAACUCGAAUUUGAAGAAGUCGGCAAAUCACUUGGCACCCGAAGCGGCGAAGCAGCAGGCGCAAGGUCAGCAGGCGGGGCAACAGAAGACAAUUUUGCUGAAAUUUCCCUCGAAUGCCGAAUCGGAGCAAUUGAUUAGUAAUCCCUGUACCUCGGGCUUCCUCAGUCCACCCACAUCGGCUAGCCGUCGCCCAUCGGUGAUGUUCAACGAAUAUGUGUUGCUGCAUACACCGCCCGCAAUUAGCGAAUCGUUAACUGUCGCAAAUACAACAACAACAACAAAUGUGGUGAAGAGCACAGUGUGCUCGUCGGAGAAGAUGACACAGGCCGGUGAUGGCAGCAUAUGGCAGGUCAAUCUCCCCCAAACGAUCAAUAGCGGCGGCAGCACCAUCGCCAAUCCCUACGCCGAUUGCUCCGAACUCGGUAUACACGACGCGAUGACAUGUCAAGAGCUUUUAGCAUUUUCUGUGGCCUUUUCAGCGGCCCUGCCCACCGGUCAAAGUACACUGGAAUCGUUUUACACCUCGUUAGCGCGCUGCGAUCCGCACACAGCCGAAGCUUUGAAAAAUCAACAUAACCGUCAGCAAACACAACUUAUCAAACAGCAGCCGAAUGCAUUGGUUAUCAGCGAUCGCCAGUGUAAACGGCUGGAUAAUAAUAGCACCGCUUUGGCAAUCACCAGUAGCGCUGGCAACAACACCGCCAUCCCAGCGACGGGCAACUACAUCGAAGACUAUUCUUGUUGCUAUGAUUUAUAUCAGAAUGCACUUUCUCCGCUCGGCGAAAAGAAACAACGUUCGAAAGCAAUUAAAACGCUGAUAAGCAUUUAUCGCGCCAUAAAUCGCGUUUGCGGUGUGAUGCGACGCUACAUAAAGUUGCUGGUAGAGCAUAAAUACUUUCAACAGGGCAUACUAUUGGCCAUUCUCAUCAACACACUCUCCAUGGGUAUUGAAUACCACGAACAGCCGGAGGAUUUGACCGCCAUUGUGGAGAAGAGCAACAUUGCCUUUUCGGCGAUAUUCGCUGUGGAGAUGUUGUUGAAAGUGAUCGCCGAUGGGCCAUUCCGUUACAUAGCGAAUGGUUUCAAUGUGUUCGAUGGCGUCAUUGUGAUACUAAGCGUUGUCGAAAUUUGUCAACAAUUUCACAGUGGAAAUGGUAGCAGCGGUGGUAGCUCUGGACUUUCAGUACUACGCACAUUCCGCUUGCUGCGCAUACUCAAACUCGUGCGUUUCAUGCCCAAUUUGCGUAGGCAACUAUUCGUAAUGUUGCGGACCAUGGACAAUGUGGCUGUGUUCUUUUCGCUGCUUGUGCUCUUCAUAUUCAUAUUCAGGUAAGAUUUUGUUU